UUUUACAAAUAGUAGUAGGUUUUGGAUAUUAUUGUGAAAUGGCUAGUUUUAAAUUUUAGGUUGCAGUUUAAACUGCACAGGAAAAUGACUUAUUUUGUUCCCCCAGAUUUUCUAUGGGUGUACUAAUUUGUUCCCCUGAAUUUAUAUUCUUCCAGGUUAACUCUAAUUAUAUUUCUCUUCCAUCUGCAGCUGUGUAUUAAAGGGAAUAAAAAAUGACAACAGGAAGUAAUUAUUGUGUUGCCACUUAUAGGUGCAAAAUUCAUUUCACUAACUUUGCUAGAGUCUAAAUAGAGCUUAGCUGCUAACCGAAAGGUCGGCAGUUGGAAUCUACCAGCUGCUCCUUGGAAACUCUAUGGGGCAGUUCUACUCUGCUCCAUAGGGUCGCUAUGAGUCAGAAUUGGCUCAAGGGCAAUGGGUUUAAUGGGUUUUUGGGUAGACAUCAUAGGAUGGACUUUUGCCUUCAAUCUUGUUUUUAUUAGUGUACUGAUUAUUAACUGCUUCAGAUUCUUUUAAAAAUAGAUUUAAAUUCUAAAUAAAUAAAAUAUUUUGAGCAUUUUAGCAUAAGUCCCAGGCUUCUAAACCAGACACUGGGCAUUUGAAGAAUAGUAUUGGUCCCUGCUUCCAGGAGUUUUCAGUAUGUUGUGUUGUUAGGUGCCGUCGUGUCAAUUUCUACUCACAGCGACCCAUGUGACAAAGUAGAGCUUCCCCAUAGGGUUUCCUUGGCUGUAAUCUUUACAGGAGCAGAUCUCCAGGUCUUUCUCCUGCAGAGCUGCUGAGUGGGUUCGAACUACCAAACUUUGAGUUAAUAGCUGAGCCACCAGGGAUCCUUUUUCAGCGUAUUGGGGAACUCAAAGACGUAAGCAAAUAAAUACAAUCAAAUAUUAUAAAUGCUCUGAUAGAAGAAUGUACAGGAUCCAGUGAGGGCACCCAGGAAGCACAGGUCAAUUCUCUCUUCUUAGAGGAGGUGAUGUUUGAGUUGAGUCUUGAGUGAGGAUUAGGAAGGGGUGUGGAGAAGAAAGAUAGCACAAGGGAAAAUGCAGGGAACUCUGAAUCAAGAGGAAACCCUGGUGGUCUAGUGGUUAAGUGCUACAGCUGCUAACCAAAGGGUCAGCAGUUCUAAUCUGCCAAGCGCUCCUUGGAAACUCUAUGGGGGCAGUUCUAGUCUGUAGUAUAGGGUCACUAUGAGUCGGAAUCGACUCAAUGGCACUGGGUUUUUUUUCUGAACCAAGAGGCCCAGUUCCAGCUCUGGAACUACAUGAAUGAUCUUGGGCAUUUACCUCUCUGAGCCUCAAUUUCCUCAUUUGUAGAAACAGUGGGAGUGGUCUAAAAUUCUUUCCAGAUCAAACAUCCUGUGUCACUAUUAAAUUCAUUUUGUGAAAUCUGAGAGAGAUUAGAAAAGAGAAUAUUUUAUAUUAAUUGGAAUUUGUUUUCCUAGAGCCUCCUUUCCACAUAAUUAAAAGGCCACAAGCUCUCUGUUCUAGAAAAACCAAAAAACCAAACUCGUCGCUGUGGAGUCAGACCCAUAGGAACCCUGUAGGACAGAGUAGAAUUGCCCCAUAGGGCUUCCAAGGAGCAGCUGAUGGAUUUGAACUGCUGAUCUUUUGGUUAGCAGCCGAGCUCUUAAGUACUACACCACCAGGGCUCCACCUUCCUAAUCUAUUCAGGCCUUUCAGUGUGGCUUGAAGUUGUGGUGUCAUUAGAGAAUAUUACUAUAAAUGCAAACCUCAAUAUUUAAAUAUUUAUUAUAUAAGUGACCUCAAUCUAAGGGAAACUGGUAGAAGAGACCUCAGGCCUAGAAUCUAGUCUCCAACCUGCUGCAGAAUUCCUCUACAGCAUCUAUGACUGAGACUCAGCGCCAGCAUGAACAGCUGAAGGAGACCUUUUAGGGUGGGGACUUAUAUACCGUGUUGAGGGAGAAAAUAAAAAUUAUAGUUUUAUUAAAGCUUCAUGUAAUUAGAUUGGUUCACCGUAACAUUUUCUCUUAGAACCUAUAUGAUCCCAGCCUGACUAGCUUAAUUUUGUCUUUCUAUGUACAUAGUCUUCGUGCACAAAAGAGUUGAAGUAUCUCACCAGAAUAUAAACAAUGUAAUAAAAUGAAAAAUUACAAAUAAAAAAAUCAAGUCCUGGGAAAAAUAGAGUUCAGAGAUUUGAGGAAGAGGAAAAGCGAUAUACAGAUAAGCAGGGAAUAAAGAGCUGGUUCCAAUGGUUAAUGCACUUGACUGCUAAUGGAAAGAUUGGAGGUUCAAGUCCACCCAGAGGCACCUCGGAAGAAAGGCCUGGCAAUCUACUUCUGAAAAAUCAGCCACUGAAAACCCUGUGGAGCACAGUUCUACUCAGACACACAUGGGGUUGCCACGAGUCAGAACCAACUGCAUGGCAACUGGUACAGUUCUUAAAAUUGGGCCACAGAUUUGACUCUUGAGCUUUCUAGCAAGCAAAGCAAAAAGAAUGGUUACUAAGUUGUCUAUAAAGGGAAGAAAUUUCUUCCAGUCUAGACCCUUAGGCUGCAAAUAAUAUUUGUGGGCAAUUGUUUAUAUGCUUGUGCAGCUUCCUACUGCCGUGGCUCUUGUGAAGCUGAGCUCCCAGCCCAAGCCUCUGUGUCUAAUGUGUUUUCUCCCAAGGACAAUGAAUCAUUCUUCCCAGGACCCUGGCAUUCAUGAAGAUGGAAAGCUUUACGUUGUGGAUUCCAUAAAUGACUUGAACAAACUAAACCUCUAUCCUGCCGGAUCACAGCGUCUGUUCCCUCUAGAGGAGAAAAUCCCAGCCCAUCGCGGUAACUCAGGAAAUGGAAGCCGCAGUGUGUUCCUUGUGGCACUGAUAAUCAUUCUCAUUAUCAGCCUGGCCCUGGUUUCCUUCGUGAUAUUUCUAAUAACUCAAACCGGAAGCAAGAUGGACGACGUGUCAAGAAGAUUAAGAGCUGAGGCAAAGGACAUAGAGGAUCUUAAGAAGAUCAACAGCAUGAUCGUACAGCGCCUCAGCCAACUGGAACCUGUACAGAACUAGAGAAGAUGUCCUCCAAGGGCAACCGCUAAGACCGCAACAUCUGCUGAUGUUAUUGAGGGUGCACAGACUGAAGACCUGAGAAAGUGCAUCUGCUAAGGUGACAGAUUUUCUAGAUAGUGAAUCCAGCUCUGGGGCCUUCUCUCUGCUGCAGGAAUGGGAGCUACUCCAAGGCAUAGGGUUUUGGGGACAGGAGUCAGAAAGGGGUGAGCUUUUCUCAGCCUCAUUUAAAGGUAGGGUCCUUCAGCUUUAAUGGGGUUAAGGGUGGCUGGCAUGGAGGAGAAUUGAGAGUAAGCAAGAAAAUUCGCCUAAUACAUACAACUUCUCUUACAAAAGGAGCUUUGUUAUUAGAACAAGUUCACUGUGCUGAUCAGAUUCAUGAUGCCUUGCGUAUCUCUGCAAAUUUUUAUUUAUUUAAUUAUACUGUGUAGAAGGGAACCAGGUGAUUACUCUCUUCAAUAAAAGGGAUUCUGCUCAGCUGAUUGGACUAUGACUCAUAAUUCCCCAGGGUUGGGGAAUGGGUAGACUUUAGAGCUAGUUGUCCUCUGGUGGUUGCUGUGAAAACGUGUGUAGUAGGGGUGUGUGUGUGUGUGUGUGUGUGUGUGUGUGAUGGGGAGUGGGGUCAAAGAGAAAGCUUACUUCAUUCAACUAAUGUUUAUUUGAGCUUCUACUCUAGGCAAACCACCCUAUAUUAGAGGAGCUUAUAUUCAAGUGGGGAACGAAGGAAAUUUGUAUGUAAAUGAAGUAUAAGAUAAAAAAAAGAUAAACACUUUAAGAGAGAAGCCUAGAAACUGCUCUAGGAGUUGAGAGGAGAGAGAAUCAAUUCUGGGUUGUGGGGUGGAGUGGCAUGGGGGUAAGAGGAUCUCAGGGAGGAAAUAGCUUUUGAACUAAGUCUUGAAGUGUGGGUGGCUCAACUGCUCUGAGUUGUGUGCAUUUUAUUUUUAUAUAUAAUUAUAUAAGCUUCAUUUACUUUGCUUCUAAUGAAAAUGAAUCUUUUCAUAUCCUGCUGAUUAGUUUAGAAGAAACUGAUAGAUCUGUGGUCUUUAGUAAGCUAAAGUAGGAAAUUGUGUAUUGGGAAUAUUUGGAGCCUGACUUCUUUUUGAACAAAAGGUAAGGUGCACAGUAUAUGACGUAAGAUAUGAUGUGAAAUAAAUGAGUUUAAAAAGCAUAUGAGUCUUAGAAAAUGUUUAUUUAAUGUAAGUACAUUGUGCAAGUCAAUUGAAGAACACAAUGCAAUUCUUCCAUUUUGGGUUGAUCAGAAUUCUUUGGGCUUACCUGAAAAUUAAGCAUACACACACACAGACUCUUUAUAACUCUAAAUACUUAAUGAAAUAAACAUAAGACAUUUAAUUUAUCCAUUUUUGCACACAAAAACAUUUGUACUGCAUAUUUAUUUUCUUAAAAUUGAUGAAUUAUCACAUAGAAUUUUUUUUUUAUCUGAAAUUUGUGUUUACGGGAAAAUUCUUGUUGAACCGUUGGUGGGGUGUGGCAAAAAUCACUUGUUAUUAGAAUUUAUUGUAGCACUGUUUCAGAAACCACUAAGGACUGGAUGCAACAACUCUUGAAAAAUACCCAUUUCUUUCCUUUCAUCUGCUUGCUCUGUGCGUUUUCCCCUUUCUACCUACACAACUGAUGUGUUUCAUAUUCAGUAAUAAAUGACCUUUAUCCCAAGAAAUCUAUGAUUUUGACAGUGUGAAGUAGUGUCUGAUAGAUCAUUUUGAUCUUUUAUGAUCUGAACUGUCCUGCCUGCAUGGCACAGGUGGAGUUCUGGUGACACCUCUGAUCUUCCCCCUUGGUCACUAACAGCCCGGAGGACCACAGUCACCACAGUUCCUGGUGUUUGGAUUCACAGAUUAACAAAUUCCAUUGAAAUCGUUUUAAAAUACUGACUGGGUUACAUGUACUCUUAUGGCAGUCAAAUGCAGUGGUUAGGAACAUGGGCCCAGGAACCCAACAGCCUGGUUUGUAUCUGAUGCCACCGCUUACUACGACUUUGCCUCUUUAUCAGUAAAAUGGGGUAAUUGUAGAGUCUGUCUCAUACUAUUGUGAGGCUUAAAAGAGGUACUAAAAGUAAAGGGCUUAAAACAGCAUCAGAGACAAAGUAAGUGCUCAAUAAAUGCUACUGCAUUCUGACUCAUGGCGACCCCAUCUGGGUCAGAGGAGAAAUGUGCUCCAUGGAGUUUUCAGUGGCUGUGACCUUUUGGAAGUAGGUUGCCAGGACUUUCUUCCAAGGAGCCUCUGGGUGGAUUCCAACCUCCAGCUUUUUGGUUAGUAGCCGAGCACUUUACCGCUUGUUCUACCCAGAGACUCCUAGAAUCGCCAUCACCACAGCAGUGUUUUUAAAAACACGGAUUCCCAACUCCAUUCCAUGUUUGCUAAAUCAGAAUCUCGGAAGAUAGGGUCGAGGAACCUGGUUUGUUUUGUUUUCUUUUCUUUGGUUUUAAACUUCCCAGGUGAUUGUUUGAUGGGUACAUUGGGAAACUUCUGUCUUCUGUUCCUGGUUGCAUAUUUUAUUUGCACCACCAGGAAGACCCUUGGAGAAGGAUCAUGCCUUUACCUCCUCAUGGCUCCUGUAUAGUGUUACGCACAGUACUGGGCACAGAAUAGAUGCUCCAUACCCACUUGUGGACUUAUUCUGAACUGUUUUUCAUCGCUUUUUAAAUAAUCUUUUUCACUUUCAUUAAAAGUAGAAUUACAUUUCAGUAUUGUUUUUUAUAUGAAAAAUUUUUACUGGGAAACUUUAAUCUUCACCAAGUAAGUGGAUACAUGGCUUCCCACAAGAAAAUUGUCAUCUUUCCUCUCUCUCUCUCUCUUUUUUUUUAAAUACACUUCCUCAACGCUGUGGAAAGAUAGCUCACAGUCCUAACAAUCCAUUUCCUUUUCAUGGCUUCUUUUGAGCAAACUCAUUCACAGAGGCAAUAGAUUCCAGCCGUUUCUGAUAACCUAUUUCUUUUACUCAUCCUUCUCUUCUGAAUAUAGAUGAGGUCAUUACUUCAAGUUGAAAUAAAUUUAUUUUUUACACCCGGACUCCAGAAGAUCUUGUUUUCAUUAAAAUAAUCUUUCUAAGCAAUAAGAAUUGAUUAUAACACGAUGGUUUUUGUGCAAUACUUUCUAACACACCUCAUUUAGUCCAAAUGACAUGCACACCAAAAUUCUUCCCUUUAUCCCAGGCUGUUGUUGGCAAAAACAAAGCAGUUGUUUUUGUGUUAUUUUUAAACCUCCUGGUUUGUUUUAUAGUGUUGUGGUUAAGUGCCACAGCUGCUAACCAAAGGACAGCAGUUUGAAUCCACCAGCUGCUCCUUGGAAACACUUUGGGGCAGGUCUACUAUGUCCUAUAGGGUCAUUAUGAGUCAGAAUUGACUCAAUGGAAAUGGGUUUUUUUUU